AGCGGGGUCACGAUCCCAGAGGAACGGAGCCGCGUCCUCGCAGGGCACGGGGAUGGGGGGAGGUCCAGGGCCCCUGCAGAUGCUCCGGGCGGGCACUCGGGCCGAGAGUGCCUUCGGAGCGGAACCUCGAACUCCAGGGCUGCCCACGUCCCUUUCUCACUCCAGAUGUUCAGCUGAGCUCGGGGUGAGGACUGUCCCCCGUCCCGAUCUGGACCCAGCAGCCAAGGCCAGAGCCACAGGCCUCGGCGACCGGGGAAUCUGCGCGCUCCGCGUGGGCAGCCCCUGGACCCAGGGUGCGUCCACAGCGCCCACGCGCGGCCCGCAAGCACUUCGAGAGCAGAUCUUAGGGGAGAACCAGGCGCCGACCCGAGGCGCCCCGCCGCUGCCAGAAACCUGGAACCCGGGGCCGAGCCUCAGCGGCUCCCCUCCCCAAAGACGCCCGCACCCCUCCGGCCAUGCACACACGCACACAAUGCGGAUGCGCGGGGACCUGCGCUCGCCGCUGCGGCUGGCCGAGAGCGGGCGCCCCCUUCCCGCUCCCCUUCCUCCGGCGCCGCCCGGCCCCCGCCCCGAAGAACAGCUCAAUUACGAGAGAGCGCAGGAAGAAAUCGUGGGCUCCGAGGCGCCCGCCGACGCUCCUCGUGUCCCCGUCCCCGGCGCCCGGUCCCCACCCCCACCGUCCCCAGCUCGCGGAGGGCGGGGGCGCGGCGGGGCGAGGGGUCCUACCCUGCUCCGCCAGAACAAAGCCCACCGCGGGAGCUCGCGGCCGCGCACCGAGCCGGUGACAAAGGCGGGCCGGCGGCGCCGAGCUCCACGGCCAGGCUCCGGCGGCGGCGGCGGCGGCGGGAAGGAGGCCUCUAAGGAGAUGCCCAGCCCUCCCCGGGCUGCGGCAGGUCGCCGCGGUGUCCCCGGUGGCCGAAAAGGAAGGCUAAUUCGACUUCUGAAGACCGCUCUGGGUGUUCAGAUAACAGUCUCAAAGUCCUUGAGGACAGUGUUUAUGGAGACAAGCCCAUCUAAGAAAACCAAGUGCUUGCUCCUUUCCUACGGAUCAGAUCAGUCAUUAUCAAAGUGAUACGAAGAAGAACGAGGGGGAGCCAUUGGGACGCUUCCAAAAACUUAGCAAGACGGAGAAAUAACUCACCCACCGCCAAGCCAGGCGACAAAUGCUGUCUUCACCCAAAAGCUACUGUUGAAGAACCCUUCCCUUUGUAUACAGCACACAGUGUGGGUAGAGAGUGUAUAGAACGUUUUAAUUUGUAAAUGCUAAUGGCAGUGUGCUUCUACACUGCCACGGUAUCCGAAGAAGCACUUUAUUGCUCUCAAAUGGGAGCAAACGAGUAAAUACCCACUUUGUAUUUUGUACACUUGACCCAGGUAGUGUUCUUCAUUCUCUCAUUUGGCAAAAGCAAAUUCACCAUCCCCAAUAAUUAAAAGUCUGUAGCUUGGCCCGGCUCUUUGGAUCUUAAUUCAUAUCCAUCUUGAUUGUUUUCACCUCCAAAUCGUUACGGAAUGUUAACACCGUCUCUAUAAUAUGUCAGUUCUCGAAUUAACUUGUUGCUUUACCCAGAAUUAUUAUUUUCUAUUUCCUUUACUUUAGAUAACCUUAAGAAUGCAGAUAUCAUGAGAAACA